CACUCACACACUCACACACACACACACACACACACACACACACACCGUUCGUUGCCUCCAGAGGAAGCAGGGAGUGGAUCAUUACACGAUAAAGGGUUUUGCUUUGAUACGGUGGCAGCAUCAAAACGGAAUAUCUCUAGCGGAACCUUACUGUGACCUUUAUGUGAGGUCCAAGCCCUAUAGGAGCGGGUCACAGACGGGAGGAGAGACUCGGAGGAAAGCAUCUGGCCACAGAAGCCUGGAUACGUGUUUUUAUUUUUUAAAUUCAGCCCCCGAAACACCACCACAGCCAAGCAGUUCUCUGGCACGCAACAGCAACCAUGGAGGCCAUCGCCAAAUACGAUUUCAAAGCCACUGCUGAAGAUGAGCUUAGUUUUAAGCGUGGGGAAGUCCUCAAGGUAUUAAAUGAAGAGUGUGAUCAGAACUGGUACAAGGCGGAGCUAAAUGGAAAAGAUGGCUUCAUUCCCAAGAACUACAUAGAGAUGAAGGCCCAUCCGUGGUUCUUCGGGAAGAUUCCCCGCGCCAAAGCAGAGGAGAUGCUAAACAAACAGAGGCACGACGGGGCCUUCCUCAUCCGAGAGAGCGAGAGUGCACCGGGAGACUUCUCCCUCUCUGUGAAGUUUGGAAAUGACGUCCAGCACUUCAAGGUCCUUCGCGAUGGGGCCGGAAAGUACUUCCUAUGGGUGGUGAAGUUUAACUCGCUCAACGAGCUGGUGGACUACCACCGCUCCACCUCAGUCUCCCGCAAUCAACAGAUCUUCCUGCGAGACAUAGAGCAGGUCCCCCAGCAUCCCACAUAUGUGCAGGCGCUCUUUGACUUCGACCCUCAGGAGGAAGGCGAGCUGGGCUUCCGACGCGGAGACUUCAUCCAGGUCCUGGACAACUCCGACCCCAACUGGUGGAAAGGAGGCUGCCACGGCCAAACGGGCAUGUUCCCCCGCAACUACGUCACGCCCGUCAACCGGAACAUGUAAACAGUCAGACCAUGUAAACGACAACAACAACAACAUCAACAACAACAACCACCACAGCAGCAAUCAUCGUCAUCGUUCUUGAUCUCAUCAGCCCCACCAGUCCCUCUACCUUCAAACUCCCAACCACCCCCUCCCCCCUACUACGCCAUCCCACCAUAAACAGGAGCAGACAGGAAGAACGCAAACAACUGAAAAAGAGAGAGAGAGGGAUAUAAUGGGAGUAGUGCUACCGUAGGCGUCGCUGUGAGGGCGGCAGCUGAGCAAAAAAAAAAAAAAAAAAAUCAACUUUCACUGCUCAGUGAACGCCUCGGCGAAGGAUUGAACGGCCUUUGAGGGAAAUCUAAAUGCAGGAAAGAAGAAAAAAAACUAAAGCGUAGUGCACCAACCGUGAAGAUAACCAAAUGAUUCUCCCCAACGCUGCUUCUGGCUUCUCCUUAACUUCUUAACAUUCUGCCCCUUGUUAGUGUCUUUUUUUUUUUUUUUUUUUUUUUUUUUUUCCUUUGCCGCAUGUUGUUUUAAUCACCUAAAUGAAAUGUCUACCGAUAAAUCCUAACUCUGUUUUAAAGAAAAAAAUGUAAAAAAAAAAAAAAAAAAAAAAAGAAAUGGUUUUAAAAAUGUACAAAAAAGAAGAGAGGAAAAAAAAAAGAUGCAAUCUACAGUACUGCAAGUUUCCAUGUGUAAGAUCAUUGGCACGAGAGCAUUGUACAUCAGCCGCCGGCUGUAUAAAUAAAUCAACUAUAGAGAGAAUCCAUUUUUUAAGAAUAUAUAUUAUAUAUUUGUAUGUGUUUGUCUGUUUUACCUCUCAUCACAAAUUGUAUUUUUUUUUUUUUUUUUUUUUCAAUUUGUAAAUUAUGUUCAAUCUUUUGUCAGUCUGGAUAAGACAUGGUAGCUCUAGGAUGUGCUGAAUUGUCUUUUUUUUUCUUUUUUUUUCUGAAUCUAUCUGAGGGCUCUCAGAUAAUAACAGCAUGAUAUUUAAGGGGUGAUAAAAUUCCAAUUUAAAGAGGUUCCACCUGGCUACGAUGCAAGGAAAGCAAAGUUAGUUCUCUGAGAAGAAAACUAAUCCCGUCAGGAAGCUAAUGUCGACCAACAAGUAGAAGCAUGAACGCUGCAAGAGCUGUUGUAUUACAAAGCCCCCUGUGUAAAAGGUCAGCCACCUUUUUUCAAAGCCGAUGUAUUUAUUGCAGCCAUUUUUACCUUUGGGCAGUGAAUGUAGCUGACUGGAGUCCACAGACAUGAACACAUGAGGGAAGCAAGGUCGGAGAACUGAACUACACAAACCGUGCAAGGGAUUUAAAAAAAAAAAGACGGGUGACGCUGUCGAUACUCAUUCAGGAGAGUGGUGUUUCUUUUUUCAUUUUUUUCUUUUUUUGGAGGAUACGCUCUGGUUGUCCACAUGCAAACUCACGAGCAUCCACCGCAUGUACACACACACACACACACACACACACACACACACACACACACACACACACACACACACUCUCCUCCCGGCUAUACCUGCACGUAGCAAAGAGGCCGAGUUUUGGAUAAUCACAUUGUGUAAAGUCACCGUGGCAACAGAUCUGCAGCUGGCACAGAUUAACAGUUCAGAAAAACUGAGAGAUUGUCUUUUAUGCUAAAAAAAAGUUGAGAGAUCAGCUUAAGUGAUGUUGUUUUAUUUUUUCUCCUCUUUUGUCUAACGUGGCGUGUGGUCAAGCACUUUUUUUGUUAAGCCUUUUGAUUUCCGGUAUUGUUUGUGUUUGUGUUUUGUUUCCCGUGUUUGUGUUGCUGUCUUCUUGUUCUCUCUGGAUAGUGCCUUUCUCUCUGGUGUUUCAGUGUCUCCGACCUGCUACUUUGAGCCCCCCACCCCCUCCUCCCCCAUCUAUUGGGGCCUGCCAGUCCUGCAGUGAGAAACAGUGUAUAUAAUCCAACAUGUCCCAUCCAAAAAACGCCCCCCCCCACCUACUCUCCCCUUCUACAUCGAACCGCCUCCACCUUUUAUCCUCACCAACAUGGAACUCUUCUUAUUUAAGUGUCUCUCGCCUUGUCUUACCUAAUGAUACUGUUUUUUUGUUUGUUUUUUUGCUCUUUUUUUUAUUUGCAUUUGUUUUGUUUUUUUGUUGUUUUUUUUCAAUUAAU